GGAGAGAGUGCUGAGUGAGCAGGUGAACAGCAGGGCCUCCGCACUCAAGGUGAGAGGGAGAGAGUGCUGAGUGAGCAGGUGAACAGCAGGGCCUCCGCACUCAAGGUGAGAGGGAGAGAGUGCUGAGUGAGCAGGUGAACAGCAGGGCCUCCGCACUCAAGGUGAGAGGGAGAGAGUGCUGAGUGAGCAGGUGAACAGCAUGGCCUCCGCACUCAAGGUGAGAGGGAGAGAGUGCUGAGUGAGCAGGUGAACAGCAUGGCCUCCGCACUCAAGGUGAGAGGGAGAGAGUGCUGAGUGAGCAGGUGAACAGCAUGGCCUCCGCACUCAAGGUGAGAGGGAGAGAGUGCUGAGUGAGCAGGUGAACAGCAUGGUCUCCGCACUCAAGGUGAGAGGGAGAGAGUGCUGAGUGAGCAGGUGAACAGCAUGGCCUCCGCACUCAAGGUGAGAGGGAGAGAGUGCUGAGUGAGCAGGUGAACAGCAUGGCCUCCGCACUCAAGGUGAGAGGGAGAGAGUGCUGAGUGAGCAGGUGAACAGCAUGGCCUCCGCACUCAAGGUGAGAGGGAGAGAGUGCUGAGUGAGCAGGUGAACAGCAUGGCCUCCGCACUCAAGGUCCUGCCUUCAGUAGCUAAACUGGUCCUAGUGCAUUUCCACUGGCAGCUGACUGAUAUCCUGGAGAGGCACAAGUCCAAUUCCACACAGCUGCUGCUGGAUGCACAGGUGCAGGCUGCCCCCUGUAACCCUGUAAGUGCGCACGCUGCGCCCCCUCACUCCUCUCUGCACUGCGGAGUCUGCCUGCAGCUCGUCAGGAAGGAGAGCCUGCUCUCCCUGCCCUGCCAGCACCCCUUCUGCAAGAGCUGCUGGGAGCAGCACUCCACUGUGCUGGUCAAGGACGGGGUGGGAGUCGGAAUCUCCUGCAUGGCUCGGGGGUGCCCGCUGCGCAUGCCAGAGGACUUCGUGCUCCCGCUGCUGCCGAGCGAAGAGCUGAGAGAGAAAUACCGGCGCUACCUCUUCAGGGACUCCGUGGAGAGUCACUACCAGCUGCAGCUGUGUCCGGGAGCAGACUGCCCCAUCGUGAUCCAGGUGCAGGAGCCACGGGCUCGCAGAGUGCAGUGCAGCCGCUGCAGUGAGGUCUUCUGCUUCAAGUGUCGUCAGAUGUACCACGCCCCCACGGACUGUGCAACCAUCAGGAAGUGGCUGACGAAAUGUGCCGACGACUCUGAGACAGCCAACUACAUCAGCGCACACACUAAAGACUGCCCCAAGUGCAAUAUCUGCAUUGAGAAGAAUGGCGGCUGCAAUCACAUGCAAUGCUCCAAAUGCAAACACGAUUUCUGCUGGAUGUGCCUGGGCGACUGGAAGACUCACGGCAGCGAGUAUUAUGAAUGCAGCCGCUACAAAGAGAACCCUGACAUUGUGAACCAGAGCCAGCAGGCGCAGGCCCGCGAGGCGCUCAAGAAAUACCUCUUCUACUUUGAGAGGUGGGAAAAUCACAACAAGAGCAUGCAGCUGGAGGCACAGACCUACCAGAGGAUCCAGGAGAAGAUCCAGGAGAGAGUCAUGAACAACCUGGGCACCUGGAUCGACUGGCAGUACCUGCAGAAUGCAGCCAAGCUGCUGGCCAAGUGCCGCUACACGCUGCAGUACACCUAUCCCUACGCUUACUACAUGGAGUCCGGCUCCCGUAAGAAGCUGUUUGAGUACCAGCAGGCACAGCUGGAGGCGGAGAUUGAGAAUCUAUCCUGGAAGGUGGAGCGAGCCGACAGCUAUGAGCGCGGAGUGAGCCUCACCGAGGGGGAGCUGUCCAGCUACGACAGGGGGGAUUUAGAGAAUCAGAUGCACAUCGCAGAGCAGAGGAGACGGACGCUGCUCAAAGACUUCCAUGACACCUGAGCCCAGAGCGAGCAAGAGGGACAGACAGACACAGAGGUCUUGUGACACAGCGCCCAGACAGCACGCCAGGCUGCAGGACACACACACCUCCUCUUCAUCCCUCUCUUUCUCAUCUUUCACUUUCUAGAUUCCUGACUUGUGUGCCUCCCAUCACUGUAGUAAACUGCAGUAUCGAAGCAGAAUUACUGUAGUAAACUGCAGUAUUGAAGCAGAAUUACUGCAGUGUUUUGGACACAAGGUGCUGUUUGUUAGUUUUGUUUUUGCUUUUGCUCUGUUCCAGUAGGUUGUGGUUAAUUUUCUUUCGGGUUUAUUUAUUUUUUUAAUAAGAAAAAACAAGGAAUCUGUGAAUGUUUGUUUACAAAACUAGAAACGGAUCCAGCGUGAUGCGUGGUGGUUAAAACUACAUCACCUGCCUAUUGCUGUCCUUCCUCUCUGUGUGUUUAACCUGCACGCAUCACCUGCCUAUUGCUGUCCUUCCUCUCUGUGUGUUUAACCUGCACGCAUCACCUGCCUAUUGCUGUCCUUCCUCUCUUGUGUUUAACCUGCACGCAUCACCUGCCUAUUGCUGUCCUUCCUCUCUGUGUGUUUAACCUGCACGCAUCACCUGCCUAUUGCUGUCCUUCCUCUCUGUGUGUUUAACCUGCACGCAUCACCUGCCUAUUGCUGUCCUUCCUCUCUGUGUGUUUAACCUGCACGCAUCACCUGCCUAUUGCUGUCCUUCCUCUCUGUGUGUUUAACCUGCACGCAUCACCUGCCUGUUGCUGUCCUUAAUCUUCUUAACUUUGCAUUGGAGCCAAAGCUGGUAACCCUAGUCUGGAUAAGGUUUCUAAUGUAGUAAUUGUGCAGUAUACUGCAGAACAUAUUCCCUCCAUCUUUACUAACAACACACUUUUAAAUUUUAAGUCUCAAACUAGCCCUGCACAGUACUCUCCUUGACAGGCUAGCCCUGCACAGUACUCUCCUUGACAGACUAGCCCUGCACAGUACUCUCCUUGACAGGCUAGCCCUGCACAGUACUCUCCUUGACAGACUAGCCCUGCACAGUACUCUCCUUGACAGACUAGCCCUGCACAGUACUCUCCUUGACAGACUAGCCCUGCACAGUACUCUCCUUGACAGACUAGCCCUGCACAUUACUCUCCUUGACAGACUAGCCCUGCACAGUACUCUCCUUGACAGACUAGCCCUGCACAGUACUCUCAUUGCAGACAGUGUGCUGUCUCUCUCUCUUAAGCAGUCUGUACGCUUCAUUCAGAGAUGCUAAAGAAACGUUCUGAUUUAUUUGUUACUGGUUUCUGAAAGUAUCAGUAUUGUGUCAUUGCUGCAGUAUUGACAUGGAGUCAGACCCACUGCAGUAUCUCACCCUCCUCUCCCUGCCUGUGUGUCUCCUGUCUCUCUUUGUCUGUCUCCCGUCCGUCUGUCUCUCUCUUGCUCUCCUGCUUUCUGUUUCUUCUCUUUUGUUUUUUCCUUUUUUUGAAAAUGGCUGUUAAUAGGGUUAGGUCAUUAAAAAAAGAACUUGUAAUUUUCAGAAGUUCUACAUGAAUACAGAACUAGAAUAACAGAAAAAAAAAACAUUUUUAAAAGUGUGCUGGCUGAGUGUGUUUUGUUCAGGUGUUUUAAUAAUAAAAAUAAUAAUAAUAAAAACCGAAAAACUUGAAAAUAGAUUUAGAAAUGCUGAAAGAAACUCUUGAAUUCAAAGGCAGACGCUUCCAACUCGGUCUUUCUCAGUGUCUUCAAUUAAGAAAUCUUGAAUUCCAAGACACUUCAAACUUUCUUAGUGUUUCAGUUCACUUUUAUUUCAGUAUUUCUGAAUCUACCACUGUUGAGUGUUUUUAUAGUUCUGCAACUUGAAAAUAAAACGAAUUCUCUGUU